ACGUACCACACGAAGUUGAUUUUUUCACGAGGAAAAACGUAAAAGAUUUUAGAUUUAUAGUGUAUUGCGGUCUGCAAACAUCAUGACUAUAACGGAAUACAUUGGGGCGCUCGCCGAGAACCCCUACUUCGGGGCUGGCUUUGGACUGUUUGGAGUCGGUGCCGGUGCCGCAAUAUUACGUAAAGGAAUGCAAGGGGCAAUGAUUCUUUUUCGGCGCCACUAUAUGAUCACGCUCGAGGUGCCAUGUCGAGAUAAAUCAUACCAGUGGUUGCUGCAAUGGAUCACCCAAAAGGGUGCUCGCCAGACACAACAUCUCAGCGUAGAGACUUCGUUCGAACAGCGUGACACGGGCCACGUGAAAACCCGGUACGAUUUCAUCCCAUCAGUCGGAACGCAUAUAAUGUGGUACAGUGGCACCUGGAUAAAGGUCGAUCGUGCUCGGGAGCAACAUACCCUGGACCUGCACAUGGGCGUACCAUGGGAAACGGUUCAGUUGACCGCUUUUGGAAGAAACAAGAACUUGUACUUCAAAAUACUGGAGGAAGCUCGCCAGUUGGCACUGAAAAACACCGAAGGCAAGACAAUCAUGUACACGGCGAUGGGGUCCGAGUGGCGUCCGUUUGGUCAUCCGCGGAAGCGACGUCCGAUAGGAUCGGUAGUACUGGACCGAGGUGUUUCGGAGCGGAUACUGCUCGAUUGUCGCGAGUUCAUCAAGAACCCCCAAUGGUACUCCGACCGAGGCAUUCCCUACCGUCGUGGGUAUCUUCUACACGGACCACCUGGUUGUGGGAAGUCAAGCUUCAUCACAGCUCUCGCCGGGGAGAUCGAAUUCGGGAUCUGUCUGCUGAAUUUAUCCGAAAGAGGUCUAACCGACGACCGGUUAAAUCAUCUCAUGAAUGUCGCUCCUCAGCAGUCGAUCAUUCUACUGGAGGAUAUCGAUGCGGCUUUUGUUUCGCGCCAAGAUACACUGCAGCAAAAGGCUGCCUUCGAGGGUCUGAAUCGCGUCACCUUCAGUGGACUGCUGAACUGCCUGGACGGUGUUGCCUCGACCGAAGCCCGAAUAGUAUUCAUGACCACCAAUUACCUCGAUCGACUCGAUCCUGCUCUCAUCCGCCCUGGGCGGGUGGAUGUGAAAGAGUACGUUGGUCAUUGCUCCCGGCAUCAACUGGAGCAGAUGUUCCGACGCUUCUACACCGGUACGGAUGCAGAGGAGAACGCACGGUUAUUCGCGGAGCGGGUUUCCGCGGACGGAAGAAACGUUAGCCCAGCACAGAUCCAGGGAUACUUUAUGGUACAUAAAAUGUCCGAUCAGCAAACCGUUCUCGACAACGUGCACGAUAUAUGGGAGAGCAGUUAAGGCAGUAGGACAUAAGUUGUUAAAUAAAGUAGAGGUGCUCUGGUUUUGAAAACUUUUUCAGCUAAAUUUUCUUUCAUCAUACGUAAAAAGGUGCUAGAUUUUCUUCCGC